AUGCUGUCCAUCCUCAUCUUCGUCGCACUCGCCAGUGCCAUGCCCAUCGUCUCAGAACCCGCUCUCCAACCCCAAAACACCACAGAUCCUUCCAGCCCUCUUUCGAAAAGACUUGCAACGACGGCCAUCAAUCUACUUCAGCGCUCCGUCUGCGAAUCCGACGCCGACGGCAUCAUCGCUGCCGACUGCGUCCCCCACGUCUACUCCAUCCUGCGCGCUUCUUUCGCUCUCUUCUGCCUCUUUGCCUUUUUAGUCCUUGUCCACGUCUGGCAAGCGGCCAGGUACAAUAAAAUCCAGUCCGUCUUUGGCACGUACAUUGCCGACGACACUGGAGACCAGAGUGUCAAAACUCCUCCGUACAUUCUGCUAGAUGAGACUAAUCUCACUUGA